AUGUCGAAGACGUUGAAGAAGAAGAAGCACUGGCUCAGCAAGGUGCAGGAGUGCGCGGUGUCCUGGGCCGGGGCCCCGGGCGACUUGGGCGCCGAGAUCCGGGGAGGUGCGGAGCGCGGCGAGUUCCCCUACCUGGGGCGGCUCCGCGAAGAGCCCGGCGGGGGCACCUGCUGCGUCGUCUCGGGCAAGGCGCCCAGCCCCGGGGAUGUGCUGCUGGAGGUGAACGGGACGCCUGUCAGCGGGCUCACCAACCGGGACACCCUGGCUGUCAUCCGCCACUUCCGCGAGCCCAUCCGUCUCAAGACUGUGAAGCCAGGCAAAGUCAUUAAUAAAGAUUUGCGACAUUACCUAAGUCUUCAGUUUCAGAAAGGAUCAAUUGACCAUAAACUGCAGCAAGUGAUCAGAGAUAAUCUUUACUUGAGAACCAUUCCAUGUACUACAAGGGCCCCCAGGGAUGGGGAAGUACCAGGGGUGGACUAUAAUUUCAUUUCUGUUGAACAGUUCAAAGCGCUGGAGGAGAGCGGAACAUUGUUAGAAAGUGGAACAUAUGAUGGAAACUUCUAUGGAACUCCCAAGCCUCCAGCAGAGCCCAGCCCUUUCCAGGCAGAUCCAGUUGAUCAGGUCCUCUUUGAUAAUGAAUUUGACGCAGAGUCCCAGAGAAAACGGACUACAUCUGUCAGCAAGAUGGAAAGAAUGGACAGCUCCCUUCCUGAAGAGGAAGAAGAUGAAGACAAGGAAACUGUUAACGGCAGUGGAAAUGCAGAAAAUAGAGAGAGGCAUUCUGAGCCAUCUGAUUGGAUAAAGACCGUCCCAAGUUACAACCAAACAAACAGUUCCAUGGACUUUAGAAAUUACAUGAUGCGAGAUGAAAAUCUGGAACCACUGCCCAAAAACUGGGAAAUGGCCUACACUGAUACAGGGAUGAUCUACUUCAUUGACCACAAUACCAAGACAACCACCUGGUUGGAUCCUCGUCUUUGUAAGAAAGCCAAAGCCCCUGAAGACUGUGAAGAUGGAGAACUUCCUUACGGCUGGGAGAAAAUAGAGGACCCUCAGUAUGGGACGUACUAUGUUGAUCACCUUAACCAGAAAACCCAGUUUGAAAAUCCAGUGGAGGAAGCCAAAAGGAAAAAGCAGUUAGGACAGGCUGAUACUGGGUCUUCAAAACCAGAUACAGAAAAAUCGCACUUCACUCGAGAUCCAUCCCAGCUUAAAGGCAUCCUUGUUCGAGCGUCAUUGAAGAAAAGCACAAUGGGAUUUGGUUUUACCAUUAUUGGUGGGGAUAGGCCUGAUGAGUUCCUACAAGUGAAAAAUGUGCUGAAAGAUGGUCCUGCAGCUCAGGAUGGGAAAAUUGCACCAGGUGAUGUUAUUGUAGACAUCAAUGGCAACUGUGUCCUUGGUCACACACAUGCAGAUGUUGUCCAGAUGUUUCAAUUGGUACCUGUCAAUCAGUAUGUAAACCUCACUCUAUGUCGUGGGUAUCCGCUUCCUGAUGACAAUGAAGAUCCUGUUGUGGACAUUGUUGCUGCUACUCCUGUCAUCAAUGGACAGUCAUUAACUAAGGGAGAGACUUGCCUGAAUACUCAGGAUUUUAAGUCAGGAGCAGUGGUGCUGGACCAGAAUGGAAAAUCGGGACACAGCUUGAUCAGUGAUCGUUUCAAUGGAGCAUCAGAUCUGAGUGAACAGAGAGCAUCUAUGGCAUCAUCAGUCAGCUCCCAGCCAGAACUAGUGACUAUCCCUCUGAUCAAGGGCCCUAAAGGCUUUGGGUUUGCAAUUGCUGACAGCCCAGCUGGACAGAAGGUGAAAAUGAUAUUGGAUAGUCAAUGGUGUCAAGGCCUACAGAAAGGGGAUAUCAUUAAGGAGAUUUACCAUCAAAAUGUGCAGAAUUUGACACAUCUCCAAGUGGUAGAGGUGCUAAAGCAGUUUCCAGUAGGUGCAGAUGUACCAUUACUUAUCUUAAGAGGAGGUCCUCCUUCACCAACUAAAACUGCCAAAUUGAAAACAGAUAAAAAGGAAACUUCAGAAAGUUUGGAGGCCAUAAAUGAGCCUGUUCCCCAGCCUAUGCCUUUUCCACCCAGCAUUAUCAGGUCAGGAUCCCCGAAACUGGAUCCUUCUGAGGUCUACCUGAAAUCUAAGACUUUAUAUGAAGAUAAACCACCAAACACCAAAGAUUUGGAUGUGUUUCUUCGGAAACAGGAAUCAGGGUUUGGCUUCAGAGUACUGGGAGGAGAUGGACCUGACCAAUCUAUAUACAUUGGAGCCAUCAUUCCUCUGGGCGCAGCUGAGAAAGAUGGUCGGCUCCGUGCAGCUGAUGAGCUGAUGUGCAUUGAUGGAAUUCCUGUUAAAGGGAAAUCACACAAACAAGUCCUAGACCUAAUGACAACCGCUGCUCGAAAUGGCCACGUGUUAUUAACUGUCAGAAGAAAGAUCUUCUACGGUGAGAAGCAACCUGAGGAUGACAGCUCUCAAGCCUUCCUUUCAACGCAAAAUGGAUCUCCCCGCUUGAACCGAGCAGAGGCCCUGGCCAGGCCUGCUUCCCAGGAGCCCUAUGAUGUUGUCUUGCAACGAAAAGAAAAUGAAGGAUUUGGAUUUGUCAUUCUCACUUCCAAGAGCAAGCCACCUCCAGGAGUUAUUCCUCAUAAAAUUGGCCGAGUCAUAGAAGGAAGUCCAGCUGAUCGCUGUGGGAAGCUGAAAGUUGGAGAUCAUAUCUCUGCAGUGAAUGGACAGUCCAUUGUUGAGUUGUCCCAUGAUAACAUUGUUCAGCUGAUCAAGGAUGCUGGGGUCACUGUCACACUAACGGUCAUUGCUGAAGAAGAGCAUCUUGGUCCACCAUCAGGAACAAACUCUGCCCGGCAAAGCCCAGCCCUGCAGCACAGGCCUGUGGGACAGUCACAGGCCAACCACAUACCUGGGGACAGAAGUGCCACAGAAGGUGAGAUGGGAAAAGACGUCUCCAUUUCCUACCGACACUCGUGGUCUGACCACAAGCACCUUGCACAACCUGACACCGCAACAAUUUCUGUCGUAGGCAGUCGGCACAAUCAGGGCCUCGGUUGUUACCCAGUGGAGCUGGAGCGGGGCCCCCGAGGCUUUGGAUUCAGCCUCAGGGGUGGGAAGGAGUACAACAUGGGGCUGUUCAUCCUUCGUCUUGCUGAGGAUGGUCCUGCCAUCAAAGACGGCAGAAUUCAUGUUGGUGACCAGAUUGUUGAAAUCAAUGGGGAACCCACACAAGGCAUCACACACACUAGAGCAAUUGAGCUUAUUCAGGCUGGUGGAAAUAAAGUUCUUCUUCUGUUGAGGCCAGGAACUGGCUUGAUACCUGACCAUGGUGAUUGGGAUAUUAAUAACCCUACAUCUUCCAAUGUGAUUUAUGAUGAACAGUCACCAUGUCACCCAUCUUCACACUCUGCUUCCAUAUUUGAAGAGUCUCAUGUGCCAGUAUCUGAAGAAUCACUGAUGAGAGUUCCGAUAUGUGAAAAGGCAGAAGAAUUAAAGGACACUGUGCCUGAAAAGAAAAGCACUUUAAAUGAAAAUCAGUCUGAUAUAAAACAUAAGUCUCUUCUCCAUAAAAAUGUGAAUAAAAGAGAUCCACCCAACAGUCAUGGGCAUGGUGAUAAGAAAAAUCUCUUGAAAGCAGAAAAUGGCAUCACACCAAGAGGCAGGUCUGCUAGUCCCAAGAAGUCAGCCAGUCAAUAUCCGGAAGAACAUGCAGAAAAGAUUCCCAGUCCUCUAAAAAAUGACCCCAAAAGAAGACCCAGAGAUCGCUCACUCAGCCCCAGGAAAGGCGAGAAUAAAAGCAGUCAGCUCGGCACCGGGACAGCUUCUGGACAGGAUCACUGUGGAAGAAGCAGGGGACGGUCUUCCAGCCCGAAGAAGCAGCCAAAAACCGAAGGCAGCAAAGACCAGUCUAAUGCGAGUCGCAGAGCCGGGGGCCAUGCUAGCAACAACGCUGAGCACAUCUCAGAUGCCAAAGAAAGAUCAGGUGUUUUGGGGAGAGAUACAAAUCAGAGUCAGCCUGGAAAAAACAGAACCAGGUCUCCAGAGAAAAAAAGCAAGCGAGUGGAUGAAAGGUCUCUUCCAUCCAAAAAGACUAACAGUAUUACUAGUAGGGCAAUACCAGAAAAUGAAAAAGGCAAAAAAGCAACCUCCGGACAGAUGAGUUCUAGUAAAGAUAAAACAGGAGAAAACGUCAGAAUAUCAGAGAAGAAGCUAAAGCAGGAACCUGAUGAAAGAAUGGUUUUAAGCAAAACGGAAGAUCACAAGAGAAAAGAGCUUGAGGCGGCUGACAGAAACAGAGCGAGCGGAGGGCUCAAACCUGAAAGUGGCUCUCCCGCUAAGAAAACACCGAUCGCGCCAGGGCCCUGGAAGGUGCCAAGUGCAAGCAGAGCCACGGGCGCCGCCGGUGCGGCCGAGAAGCGGCUGUGA